GAUGUUUUACAAAUCUGGCCUCUAGGUGGCAGUGUAAUUCAGACUAGCCUGGUUUCUUCACCAGGCCGGAAAAGCUUUUACGUAUAUCCGGACAUGUGUUUAUCGGAAAAGUAGAAGCGGUCAUAAGAAAUAUUACAUUUAAAGUUUCCCCCUCGUGGCUCCUUUAUCAAAAUGUCUUCAAAAAACUACGAAAACUCCGAUAAUUCCAAAGAACAAACUGCGUAUAAAGAGGAACUUAGCAAAAAGGUCAAAGAGCAGAAGGUUGUUGUGGAUGAACUCUCUAACCUAAAGAAAAACAGGAAAGUGUACAUCCAACAGAGAAAUAGCAACAUUUUCUUCCUGGCUGACAAAAGCCAAAUUUUGUCUUCAAGCAAAAAAGAUCUGGAUUACUUGAAAAAAGAGCUGCAGGAUAUUUAGAGCUGCAACAAUGUGUGGAAUCUUUUUUCAGUUGAGUUUAUCAGCUGCUCAAUUUGAGAAGGACAAAAGAACUUGUGAAUUUCUGAAAAGAAGGGGCCCC